AUGAGCGACCACUCGAACAAGGACGCCGUGGCGGUCUUGGAGGAAAUUGACAAUGUUGCAACGCAGACAAGCAAUGUCGAAGAGAAGGGUGUGGUUGAAGAUACGGAAGCCAGCCACCGGCCGAGGCUGUCUGACAUCCGGUUCAUCCUCCUGCUGGUUGGAUUCGGCAUGGCCUUUAUCGGCUCGCAGGUCCAACCGCUGGUCUUCUCGUCAAUUGUCCCAGAGAUUGCUGCCAGCCUCAACUCGCACGACUUGCUUAUCUGGUUCUUCUGCACGCCCUAUGUCGCCAUCGGUGUCAUUGCGCCCUUCAUCGGGCCGCUGGCCGACCUCUUGGGCCGCAAGCCCAUCGCCCUGGCCGGCGUGCUGUCGUCCAUGGUCGGCAUGAUCGUGGCCGCCGCCACACCGACCGCCGCCGGCUACCUUGCCGGCAUGGUCCUCACAGGCAUUGGCAUCGCCGCAGAGGAACUCAUGGCCAUCACGGCCAUUGUCGAGAUUGUGCCCACCCGCUACCGCGGCUACUACGUCGCCAUCAUGGUCGCCUGCUUCCUGCCGUUUGCUCCCGGCUCGCUGUACGGUGUGCUCCUUGCCCAGUACAGCUGGCGCUACUGUGCCUGCUUCGUCGCCCUCUGGAACUUUGUCACGGCCAUUCUCAUCUUCUGCUUCUACAAUCCGCCGCCCCGCACCAACGCCGCCGGCAUGACCACGGCCGACAAGAUCAAGCACAUUGACUUUGUGGGCGGCCUCCUCAUGACCGCCGGCCUCGUCAUGUUUUUGGUGGGCUUCAACUGGGGCGGCCAGCAGUACCCGUGGCACGCGGCCCGUGUCAUCGCCUUCCUGACCAUUGGCAGCGCCCUGAUUGUCAUCUUCUGCCUGUACGAGGCCUAUGGGGCGCCCUACCCCAUGUUCCCCCGCCGUCUCAUGCGCCACACCCGCACAUUCAUCGCCCUCAUGGUCGUCAUUACGAUGGCCGGCAUCAACUACAUCCCGGUGCUCUUCUUCUGGGUCCUGCAGGCCGUCGCCGUCUACGACUCGGAUCGGAUCGAGCUUGGCAUCCGCACGCUUCCGUUUGGUUUCUGUAUUCUGGGCGGCGCACUCAUCUCGGCCGUCAUUGUGUCACGGUUCAAGUCCCACCUGCGUCUCAUCAUGUCGACGUUCUGCAUCGUCCAAGUCGUCGCCAUUGGCUCCAUGGCCGCCGCGGACCCGUACAACAUCAACACCAUUUGGGCGCCCUUGGUCCUGGGCCUGUUGGGUGUGGGCGGUGUGCUCAUCCCCAACCAAAUCAUCAUCACCGUUAUCUGCCCGGACGAUCUCAUUGCCACGGCCACCAGCCUGACCGUCUGCUUGCGCGCCGUCGGCCAGGUCGUUGGCUUGAGCACCUUCUACACGCAGUUUGUGUCCGUCCUCACGGCUAGGACGCUGAAGCUCGUCAUCCCUGUUGCCAUCAACGCGGGCAUCUUUGACAUUCCGACGCUCCAGAACAUGAUGCCCACGCUGGUGUCGAUGCCAUACAAGUUAUGGGCCCCUACCAUCAGUGCGCUGGACACGCCAGACAAGAUUGACACGCUGCACCACGCGGUCGUGGAUGCCUUUGGAGGCGCCUUCCCACGUGUUUAUUUCAUCUCUAUUGCCUUUGGUGUGACGGCGGUGAUUGCCAGCUUCUUUAUUGAGAGCCUGGGCAAGUUAAUGGACGAGCACAUUGCUGUGCCCUACUUUUAA